AUGAUAACGAUGGCACUCUUAGGGUACGGAGAGACUCCAGAAACUGCCGAGUGGAUGUGUGGUGGUUCAAUUAUCAGCGAAAGGUAUAUUUUAACAGCGGCACAUUGCAUAUCAAGUCCUACCGUUGGUAAAAUAACGUUUGCAGCAUUAGGCAUACUGAAACGAACUGAUGAUUUUCAUAUGUGGCAAAUAUAUGAUAUCAUUAAAAUCAUACCGUAUCCUCAGUAUAACCCACCAUCAAAAUACCACGACAUAGCCUUACUGCAAACUGGGAGAAGGAUAAGAUUUAAUAAAGAAGUAGCGGCCGCCUGUCUAAAUAGGAAUAACGACAUGCCUCAACGCGCCAUAGUUACCGGAUGGGGAUCCCUGGGCCACAAUAGGCAUAUAGCAGACAAUUUACAAGUCGUGCAAGUUGACCACUUCCCCGAUGCACAAUGUUCGAGAGACUAUCCGGUGCACAGACUACUGAAGCGGGGCUAUGAUAGAAACACUCAGGCUUGCUACGGAGAUAGACGGAAGGUCGCUGAUACUUGUGAGGGUGACAGCGGGGGACCUCUUCAGACAGGAGUCUAUAAUGACCACUGCAAGUUCUUGAUAGCUGGUAUCACGUCUUACGGAAAAGCUUGUGGUUUCGCCGGCAACGCUGGCAUUUAUACCAGGGUCUCUCACUAUAUGCCUUGGAUUGAGAGCAUCACUGGCAGGCUGCUUUGA